AUCUGCUCCCCAUAUGAACUCCGAAUUCCCAUACACAAAGAAUUCGCUUAUAUUAUUCCUUUUUCGCUAUCAGGACAAAGUAGUUGUUUGAACUUAAAAUUUUCAGUCAUUUUAAUCCGACGCCCGGCCGGACCAAUGUGUGUUUUAGCGGGUAGAUUUAUGUCUGGAUUUUUUUGAUUUUUUUUCCAAAUCACCUUAGGCACAAUUUGGUACAAUAUUAAUUUAAAGAGUUCAAAUACCGGCGAGUAGUAUAACUAGUAUUGAGAAGGUGUGUAGAAAAUGAGUCAGAUCUCGGGUACGGAAUCCUCGGCAAAUCUGUUGUCGAGCACACAGAACUCGUACCUUAAUCAGUUCCAGAUUAUGACCUCGUCGGAAGACGAAACUUCGAAAUUGCUCGACUUUUACGACCGCGUUUCCUCCGGCACUGUGAAUCUGCACCCUUCAUCUCAGAACGACGACUCCGUGGAACGAAAAAAGAAACUUUUGGAUAGGCUAAACCAGGACGUUUUGGCUGAAUAUGAAGACGCCCGUAAGAGUGUCAUCAUUGCACAGCAAAAUUACAAGUCCUUGGUUGAUCGUUUUUUAACGUUUGCAUCCGAAAAUAAACAAAUUUACUCCAAAACUGUACAACUUUAUGAAGAGGCCUUUAAGGAGUAUGAGAAAUCAGCCGCCACAACUAACCUCCAAAUGCCAAUGCACCUACGAAUCAUUGUCAAUUUAAGCCUCUUGUACCUCAGGGCAGACAACGCAAAUUCACUCACAAAACUAUUAAUAAAGUCACCAUACGUUUCAUUCCAGGCUUUUGAAGAUGCAAUUGGCGAGAUUUGGAAGAACCAAGCCACUAAGGUACCACUCCCCUCACCAAAACUAGGAAUCUGCGGCUGGCUUGGAAGACACCAUGUUACCCCAAGAGGUUUAUCAUCAACUAUGAUCAACACACUUGUUGCGGUUGAAGGAGUUAUUAACAAAUGUUCUGGAGUGUAUCCUAAGUUGAGUACGAGUGUGUAUGUUGGCGAGGAUUUGUUGGACGUAUACAACGAGAGAGAAAAGAUGGUUUACAUAAGGAACCACUACGACUUGACUGACUUGAACAAGACUAAAGUGGACACCACAAUGCCACCUCCAGUUGAUCCCCAGGGAAAAGUGGUGUUUAGACAGGAGGUAGGCCUCAGUAACUUUAAGAACUAUCAGACGUUUGUACUUCAGGAAACACCAGAAGACUCAUCUUUGGGUCAAAUGCCCAGAUACGUCUCAGUGAUAGUUCAAGACGACUUGUGCAACAAGGUGAAGUGUGGUGAUAGAGUUCGCAUUUGGGGAGUUUACAGGAUGCUAACACCUAAUACACUUAACUCAAGCACAAUUGGAAGUAGUAUAGGAAAGCCGUUUCUGGUGGCAAAUCAUCUUCUAAUUAAGGACCAGUAUAGCUUUUCUAACACUACUGUUAUCACAGAUGAUGACAGGGCUAAAUUCAAGUAUUUGGCAGGAAGAAAUGACACAAUAACUGUUCUUACCAACAGUGUGGCUCCUUCACUUUGUGGUCUUUCACUUGUAAAGAAGGGGAUUUUGCUAAUGCUUGUUGGCGGUCAUUUGAAUCCAAUGAAUGAUUCUCAACAAACGUCCUACAACUCUAAGGAAUUAGAUUCUGAAAACCCUAACGAAAAUCUAUUCACCAGUGGAGAGACUAGGGAAAACUUAAGAGGUGAUAUUCACGUGUUACUGGUUGGCGACCCAGGUUGUGGGAAAUCUCAACUCCUUAGGUUUGUAAUGGCACUACUUCCCAAUACAAUUUCUACCACUGGCCGAGGUUCCACCGGUGUUGGUUUAACUGCUGCAAUUGUACAGGAUGAAGAAACCGGAGAACGUAAAGUUGAGGGAGGAGCCAUGGUUAUGGGGGACAGAAAGAUAGUCUUGAUUGACGAGUUUGACAAGAUGAACUACGCAGACAGAGUAGCAAUUCACGAAGUCAUGGAACAACAGACGGUUUCAGUGGCAAAGGCAGGAAUCCACACCACCCUAAACGCAAGAUGCACAGUACUGGCAGCCGCUAAUCCUCUCUACGGCUGCUGGUCUGAAGAUAUGCAAAUUAAUGAACAAUUAAAUUUUGAAUACUCACUACUAUCUAGAUUUGACUUGAUAUUUAUUGUGCGUGAUGUGAACAAUGAGAUGCAAGAUGAUAGAAUAGCGGAUGCGAUUUUGAGGAACAUAACACAAAAGUCGAGGCCUGUACCAUCAAUUAACAGGGUGAACAAGUCAUCAGUUAUCCAACCGAUUCAAAGUGACCUUCAAUUGCAAGUCCAGUACACAAUAACAACAGUGAACAACACUGGGUCUGAUUUUAAAACUGACACUGUAGGUGCAGAAGCUGAUUUGCAGGCGAAUCAAGAGAAGAAUACUGCUAGAAUGAGGACAGGAAGGGUUUUGAGAAGUGGUAGAACUACUGGACGGACAAGCACUUCAGACCGUAUGGACUCCCUUUUUAAUAACAACUUGAGUUACUUAGAUGACAAUGGAGUUGAGCAUGAGAUUCUUGACCUUUCGACACUUAAAAAGUACAUUUACUACUGCAAGGACAUGUACUACAAGGAGAUGCAUAACGCAAAGAACUGGUCACCAGGACCUGAACUAACUCUUUUGGCACGAAAUGAGAUCAGCAAGAGUUACUCCCAGAUGCGCCAGAGAUGCAAGGAUAACAAGAAGAAGUUGUUACAGCUUGUUUCUCCUCGUACUUUGGAAGCUAUUCUGAGGCUCUCAACAGCAUUUGCAAAGCUCAAACUGAGUAGAUACAUAACCAAGGAACAUGUAAAAGCCGCAGUGAAGCUCUUGAACUAUACUAUUUUCGGAGAUGUUUACACAACUAAGGAUUCCAGUAAGAAGGACGAGGACGUUGAUUUCAGCAGUGGCUCAGAAAGUGAUGAUGAUUUCGUUGAUGCAGACCUACUCUCAUCUGACGAGGAGCGUGAGAAUUCUAGAACCAGUAGAAGAGGCAGCACUUCUAAGGGCAACAAAAGACUUAAACGUUCCAAACAAACUACUACCACCACAACUGAUAAAAAGGCUGACAAAACUGCUGAAAGUUCAGAAACCACGGAUGAACAACUUUCACUGGAGUUUAACAAGAAUUUAAUGGACAACUUGCAAAAGUUGGAUUAUGGUGAUGGUGUUGCGUUGAAUGACUUAUUUGCAGCCUACAAAUCCUACGAAAAGGACCUAUCCCUGGCUAAGUUUAAGAGCCUGUUGGUUAACUUGUCAAACUCAGAUAACGCUCCAAUUGUUUAUGCACAAGACGAUGAAAAGGUUUAUACUUGCUAAUUUCAACAAUUAUCUAUUUAUAAUUUCAUGCACGCAUG